AUGUCUUACGGCGGUGGCGGUUACAGAGACCACCAGGGUGGUGGAGGUGGUUAUAACUCUAGAUACAGGGGUGGCGGCGGUUAUCAGGGUGGAAGUAGCGGAUACUCCAACGGACACUCCAGCGGCCCCAGCUAUGGAGGCGGCUUUGGAGGCGGCUAUGGAGGUGGUGCCGGCGGUGACAGAAUGUCGAACCUCGGGGCUGGCUUGAAGACUCAACAAUGGGAUCUCAGCUCCAUGCCCAAGUUUGAGAAGUCCUUCUACAAGGAGCACCCAGAUGUCUCCGCCCGAAGCACCCAGGAAGUCGAGGCUUUCCGAAAAGAAAACGAAAUGACUGUCUACGGAAAGGAUGUCCCACGCCCCGUUCAGACCUUCGACGAGGCUGGUUUCCCACAGUAUGUCAUGUCUGAGGUGAAAGCCCAAGGGUUCGCCAAACCCACUCCGAUUCAGUCUCAAGGUUGGCCCAUGGCCCUCUCUGGACGUGACGUUGUCGGUAUUGCAGAGACUGGUUCCGGAAAGACUUUGACCUAUUGCCUACCAGCUAUCGUGCACAUCAACGCCCAGCCUCUCCUUGCCCCAGGUGACGGCCCUAUCGUCCUGGUUCUCGCGCCAACCAGAGAAUUAGCUGUCCAGAUCCAGGCUGAAAUUACUAAAUUUGGAAAGUCCUCGCGUAUUCGGAACACUUGUGUCUACGGUGGUGUCCCUAGAGGCCCGCAAAUACGUGACUUGACACGAGGCGUCGAAGUUUGCAUUGCUACGCCUGGUCGUCUUAUCGAUAUGCUCGAGUCUGGAAGAACUAACCUUCGACGAGUUACCUACCUUGUCCUCGACGAGGCUGACCGCAUGUUGGACAUGGGUUUCGAGCCUCAAAUCCGUAAAAUUAUCAGCCAGAUUCGCCCCGAUCGCCAGACUUGCAUGUGGUCUGCUACUUGGCCCAAGGAUGUCCGCCAGCUGGCUAACGACUUCCUUCAAGAUUACAUACAGGUGUACAUUGGUUCUCAAGACUUGUCUGCUAAUCAUAGAAUUACCCAAAUCGUUGAGGUCGUGUCUGAGUUUGAGAAGCGCGAUCGAAUGAUAAAGCAUCUCGAACGCAUCAUGGAAGAUAAGAAAUCGAAGGUCCUUAUCUUCACAGGUACAAAGCGUGUCGCUGAUGACAUCACACGAUUUCUCCGUCAAGACGGCUGGCCAGCGCUAUCUAUUCACGGUGACAAGCAACAGAAUGAACGUGAUUGGGUAUUAAACGAAUUUAAGACCGGCAAGAGCCCGAUCAUGGUGGCUACAGAUGUAGCUUCGCGUGGUAUUGAUGUUCGCGAUAUCACUCAUGUGCUUAACCAUGAUUAUCCGAAUAACUCGGAAGACUAUGUCCACCGUAUCGGCCGUACUGGCCGUGCUGGUGCCAAUGGUACCGCCAUCACCCUGUUCACCACUGAGAAUGCUAAACAAGCCCGUGAUUUGGUUAAAAUUCUCACCGAGUCCAAGCAGCAAAUUGACCCCCGUCUUGCUGAGAUGGCUCGCUAUGGUGGUGGCGGUGGUGGCGGCCGUUACGGUGGCCGUGGCCGUGGCCGUGGUGGCUUCACUGCCUCUAACUCUGCUCCUCUUGGAAACCAUCGACGAUGGUAA